AUGGCCAAGACGUUUACUCACAACAUUUCUAACAGUAAUGUAACAAAUAACUUUGAUAAUAUCAUGUACGACUACGCAAGUUUAAUCAGUGGUGCCGUAUCGAUCAUAGGCUGUUCUCUUAAUUUAUUUCUAUUAUGCGUAUUAAUGAGUGAUAAAAAGUUUCAGGCUAUCUCGUAUAAACUAAUUCGAAUCUCUGUCAUCUCUGAUAUUUUAUCAAGUCUUGCUAUUGGUAUUGGUUACCUCUUAGUCUCUUACGAAUUUACUUAUGAUGGAGGCGUGAUUCUUUGUAGGGUAGUUUUAUUUUUUACAUUUACCUCCAACGGUGUCUCUAUGUUAAAUUUAUGCUUAAUCGCUAUCGAUCGCUAUUAUGCUAUCCUUAAACCUCUCUAUCAAGGCUAUCAUAGACGACGCAAACACAUUUUCUUUACUAGUCAAAUUUUAGUUUGGAUGAUAGCAGCCGGUUAUACUGGAGCAAUAGUCCCUGCAAUUAAAGUCUCUCACGAGGAUCCAACGUUAUGCGAUUUACCUGAUAUUGCCACCGAUAAUACUAUUCCUAUUCGAAUGAUUAUCAUUGUCACUCUGCAAUAUAUUGUGCCCUGUACUAGUAUUGCAAUAAUUUACUUCAAAAUAGUAUCACAUCAAAGAAAUUAUGUACGACCAGGCGAAAAUACAUUUCAAAAUAUUGAAAAUAAUAAACGAAAAAAAAAAUUUAUUAAUAUGUUAAUUGCUAUUACUUUAUGCUAUAUCCUUAUAACAUGGCCGUUUAAUGCUACUCUAUUUGGCAUGUCGAUUGUGCGAAAGACAGCUAUACAAGCAAUUCUAAUCUAUUUCUAUAAGAUAAGAUCAUUCCGUCAGAUCAUUCACAUUACUAAAUUUCAAUUUUAUCAAGAAUGUAAUUUUCUGAGUUGA